AUGAGUCAACGAGCCGAUGAUGAACAGUUGAAGUCUCUUGAUCCAGCAACAGACGGAAAUCCUCAAACAGAAGAGAAACCGCAAAGUCAAGGAUUUGAGGGUUUUUCAUACAAUGAGGAUGUCUUGAAGUUCGAACUACCACCGUUGCCGGAUCCAUUGCCGAAAUGUAAAGCAGCGCUUGAAAAAUUUGUGGUUCCAAAAGAGUCUGACUUGGUAAGACGGUCAUUUAUGCCCCUUCGGACGCAUCCAGAUCCAUUGAUUGAAGCGUAUUUCGAGAAUGUUACGGAAACAGGCAAAUCACGCUUACCAUGGGAACUAGUGCGUCCAGCGUUUUUGUGGAAAAUCAAGUCUUGCAUGGAUGAAAUGGUGCGAUGGCAUCGGCAACGCGAAGGACCUGACUCUGUCGACCUCAGUGAAGGUUCAGAGAAUAAACGGAUGUAUGAUUUCAUACUGGAGAAAGCUGCUAAAUUUGAAGCUGCACCGUUUACAUGGCAAAGGAUUUGUGAGCUGUUGCACUCACCAUCGAGGCACUACCGAAAAGCAGACAAAUACUUCCGAGCACUGGACAAAACUAUUAAUGUUGUCACGACGGUGUCAGAGGAUGGUCGACGAAUGACUGGAAAUCCGCCAUAUUCUUCUGAAACGCCUGAUGUGUACAGCAUUGAACAACUGUUUUUUGGGGAAGAACGUGCUGAUUGCGAUUUUUGGGAUCCAGAUUUCGCCUACAAUGCGGUACGUCUGCACUGUUUCAUGAUGGAAACACAACCAAACUUAGACCAAAUUGACCUAACACUCAACUUAAUAGGCGCUUUGAAGUUAAAGCAGAAAGUAGCCGGAAGUCUAAACACGAAGGAUCAAGUAGAGCCUCUGGAUAUGAGCAGAAAGAGAGCCUACUGCUCGGACGAAGAAAUGCCGAAGAAUGAGGAAUCCGACGAGGAAAUGGAGUUUUAG